AUGGAGCAUCUCGACGAAGAGCUUUCCAAUUUUUUGUACAAAGUGAAUCAGGUCAAUAGCAUUGUCGAAAAACUGGCCUCAAAAGAUGAGAACUUGCAAAAAAUCGGCGAUUUGGAAGCUCAACAAUACUUGGGUGAAGAGAAUGACACCAAAUACGAGAAAAUCGACGAAAAGGAGCUCAAAAUUCGAAGUAGCCGGACUAUAAUUAACCGAAAAGCGCUGUUGCGUGAGGAAAACCCGGCAACAAUGUCGCAAGAGGCUUUUAUGGAGGAAAUGUCGAAAGAUGCUGACCGGAGAUACAAAGAAAAGUUGAUAAGACGUGAAAAAAUGGAAACUUUAAGAAAACAAGCCACGCUAGCGUUCCGUCGAGGUGAAUUCGAGAAAGCGUUGACUUUAUACACCAAAGCGAUUGAGCAAAUCAGAGACAGCUGUGGGUUAUACACAAACCGGGCCUUGACUUACAUCAACUUAAAACAUUACGAUAAAGCUGUAGUUGAUUGUGAAACGGCCUUAAGACUCAAUGAAAAUUCACUCAAAGCUGGGUUACUUAAGGCCAAAGCACACUUUCUACAAGGCGAUUUGAGGAGUUUUGAGGAAACGGUGAAAGAAACAAAAGAACGAAAUGAGGACAAGAUGAGUUUUAUUGAAGAUUUUGUGAAACAAUUGAGCGAAAUAAAAGACAAGUAG